GCUGUUGGGCCAAUAUAUAUUAUUCUCAAAACCCUAACCCUAGUUGUCAUUCUCUCCCUUCGGUAGCUUGGGCGAAGCAACGCGCCGACGAAGCGAGUAGCAAUUGGAGCUCGGAGAACUGAGAUUCAGCCAUGGCUAAGGUUCGCGGAUCGCUGGCUCGUGCGGGUAAGGUGAGAGGCCAAACCCUGAAGGUUGCAAAGCAGGAGAAGAAGAAGAAGCCCCCCAAACGCGGUUACAAGGGCAUGCAGUACAACCGCCGCUUCGUCACUGCCGGGGAUUCAUCCGAGGGGCACUCUCCUUUACCUUCUGAAGAAGAGGCUGAAAAGGAACACUCUCUUGUAAGUUCGGAAGAGGAGGCAAAAAUUGGUUGUAAAGAGCCAACAAUGUAUGAUAAUUUAUUGAAGACAUUUGGGUCGCAUGGUGCGUCCCUCGGUAAUGCCUAUAAAAGGAGGCCAAGAGAAGAAGAGGACAAAAGUGAGACAGAAGAUGAUGCGAGAAGUGAAUUGGAAUCUUCUAGUGAAUUGGAGGGAGAGGAUGAUGUUGAAGAAGGUUUGGUGGUUGUUUCAGAACAGAGUGAAGACGUUGGCACUGAUGAUGAUGAUGAAGCCUAUGAGAUGGAUGAAGUACAUGAUUCAAAUGAUAAUGAUCAAUUGGUUCUAGAGGCAUCAGCAAGUUCCUUCAGUGGUCACUUGGACUACAAAUUAUCAGAAGAGGAAGUUGAUAAUUUAUCAAAAAGAAAAUGGAAAUAUAAGUGGGUGGUGCCUACUUUUGACACGUCAAAUUGCAAAUGGCUUGGGACGAGAGAGUGUUCUAUAAAGGAUGCUGACCCAAGAACAAACUAUGGUCUUAAAUUAAGGUUGUACAACCAUUGGUUGGAUAUUUACAAUGCAUCUGGAGGCAAUGAUUUUCAUACAUCUAAACAGAGGCUGUUCUUCUCCCUUUGCAACAGCUAUCAGGAUAUACUGCACCACAACAAGAAGCCAUUUUAUCUCAAAGACCUGGAAGAAGACUCAAGCGUCAUGGAUGCAUAUUUAAUGCAUUCUCUGAACCAUAUAUGCAAAACUCGGGAUCUGAUAACAAAGAAUGAUGCAAAAGUGGCCAAACAUCAAGAAAGUGCAACAGAGGAAGUUAUUAAUGGAGAUGGUUUCCUUGACCAUGGGUUCACACGGCCUAAGGUACUGAUCAUCUUGCCCCUUGCAAGCAUUGCACUUCGUGUUGUAAAGAGGCUCAUACAGCUGACGCCCCCUGGAAAUAAGGUUAAUGUGGAGCAUCUUGAUCGCUUCAGUGAUGAAUUUGGAGCUGGUGUAGCUGAUGACGAGGAUAAGGAUAUUGAAUCAAAAUCUGAUAAACCUUCAAAGCCCUCUGAUUUUCAAGUGCUGUUUGGUGGAAAUAAUAAUGACCACUUCAUGAUAGGCAUUAAGUUUACACGGAAGAGUAUAAAGCUGUAUGGUGAUUUCUAUUCAUCUGACAUGAUUAUUGCCUCUCCUCUUGGUUUAAUCACUAAAAUUGGGGUGGCUGAGGAAGAAAAGGGAAAAGACAUUGAUUAUCUUUCUUCUAUAGAGGUUUUGAUUAUUGAUCAUGCAGAUGUAAUAGCAAUGCAGAAUUGGUUCCAUGUGAAUAAAAUUGUUGAACAAUUGAACUGCAUACCAUCCAAGCAGCAUGGAACUGAUGUUAUGCGCAUUAGACAAUGGUAUCUUGAUGGACAUGCACGAUUCUAUCGGCAAACAAUAAUUUUGGGUUCUUUAUCAAAUCCAGACAUCAAUAUCCUGUUUAAUCAUCACUGUUUUAACCAUCAAGGAAAGGUGAAGUUGCUAGUCCAUCAUAAAGGUGUUCUUCCCAAAGUAUUACUUCAAGUACGACAGAUUUAUGAACGUUUUGAUGCUGAAUCAACAGUAGAUGCGGAUGAUGCUCGUUUUGAAUAUUUUUCUAAGAAGGUGUUUCCCAAGAUAAAAGAUUCUAUUCAGGGUGGGAUUAUGAUAUUUAUUAGUUCUUUCUUUGAGUUUAUUCGAGUUCGAAAUUUCUUGAGGUCACAGGGUGCAUCUUUCUGUCUGUUGGGAGAGUACACAAAACAGAGUGAUAUUUCCCGUGCAAGGGUUUGGUUUUUUGAAAGGACGCGCAAGAUUAUGCUUUACACUGAGAGGGCUCAUUUCUACCAUAGAUACAAGAUUAGGGGUAUUCAGAACUUAAUCAUCUACUCUCUUCCUGAAAGAAAAGAAUUUUACCCUGAGAUUGUUAAUAUGCUCCAAGAGUCGGCUGGCAUGACAUGCACCGUACUUUUUUCUCAGUUUGAUCUGCUCCGGCUGGAAAGGAUUGUUGGAACCGCAUCUGCAAAAAGGAUGGUGACAUCGGAUAAAGGAGUCUUUGUUUUCUGCUAGGAAAUUUCUCUAGGUCAAGGAAGGUUGCUCAAAUUCAGACAAAUGACAAAAGUCAAGAGGGAGGGAGGGAGGGCACUUGCAGUUGCAGAGCUUAGAGAUGGGGAUUGCUUAGAAUUUCUUCAUCAAAACGCAGCCCAAGGACCCUGAUUUCUCACUGGGGAGGCUCGGGGGGUCAUGUUAACAUACUCAGCAAUGGACAUGCAGAGGGGAUAGGGAUAGGGAUCCCUCUGUUUCGCCCAAUUGAAGGGGUGGCAUGUCCUCUGCCCUAUGUCUCCUCUGGUGCAUACUGGGCGCCGACUCUGAAUUUACCUACAUGUUCUGCUUUAGUUACAUGUACUUAACUUAGCCUAAAGGAUUGUUUAGAUAUGUAAGAUGUUAAUUUAUCGCUAGUUCCAAAGAAAAUUUAGUAAACAUUUUGAUUUGUUAAAUAUAUAAAAAUAUAUAAUUUCUUGUA